AAGACUGUUGUCCGCGAGAUUGCUUGCGACCUCAACCUCUCCAUACCACCUAUCCUACAUCUGGUGAAUCCUAGUGCUUCCAGGCGCCAAAGAUCUACCUUCCAACUCCCCGUGUUAAAUUACAGACGCUCUGGUCCCUUGCGACCUUCCGAUCUCCAUCCGACUUUUGCUCGCGAAUUAUAAAAUAAAGUUCGGAGACAAAACAUUUCUGGAUCCCUUUCCUCAGUUUCACUAGGUAGUGUUUGGUCCAAGCUACAAGCAUCUGCAUAUUUGAUUCGAACAUUUGUCUGAUAUAAGGCAACAGCUCUCAAUUUAGCUCGACACACCUCACAAAAUUCAUCUGUUGGGAUCAACGUCACCACAAUGUCGAGCACAGGUUUCACCAGCCCUUUUGGGAACGCAAACCCGUUUGGCAGUUCAGGCAGAUCUGAAUCUGGGCCAAUGCAUAGACUGGUUGAGGAAGACGAGAAUGAUACUAUUACUUCGCCUACAACUCCCCAUUUCGGCGUCAAGAACAACACUGCGCCCUCUUUCUGGAACGGCUUUGGUGGCGAUGCUCCGUCAGACAUGCCCGUCCGGCGCCAACCUGAUGACUUCCCUGCUCACUACAACUUGGGUCGCCGGACCUCCGUUUCGGCAGAAUCCCUGAAACCAGUCACGGAUAACUCCGACAACUGGUCACCUCCUGUUCAUCCGAAGACAGCAGAGCAACUUGAGCGUUUGAAGAAAGCCAUCAGCGGCAACUUUCUUUUCAACCACCUUGAAGACGACCAGAGUGCCCAAGUAUUGGGUGCUUUGGUAGAGAAGCCGGUGCCUGCCAAAGGAAUCAAGGUGAUCACUCAAGGCGAUGCCGGUGAUUAUUUCUAUGUGGUAGAAAAGGGAAGAUUCGAGGUUUAUGUCAACAGCACCGGCGCUCUUCAACCCGGCCCAGACGGCAUGGGACAGAAGGUUGGCGAGAUAGCGGAGGGUGGCUCUUUUGGCGAGCUUGCCCUCAUGUACAACGCACCCCGUGCUGCCACUGUCGUCUCUGCUGAGCCCCAGUGCACACUAUGGGCGCUUGAUCGUGUCACCUUCCGACGAAUUCUCAUGGAAUCGACCUUUUCUCGUCGUCGGAUGUACGAGAGCUUUCUCGAAGAAGUGCCCAUCCUCAAGACCCUUACGCCAUAUGAGCGGUCCAAGAUUGCGGAUGCUCUCGAGAGCCAGAAGUACCCGGCUGGCCAUGAGAUCAUUCUUGAGGGUGACCCCGGCCACUCCUUCUUCCUGUUAGAGGCUGGCGAGGCGGCAGCGUUCAAGCGAGGAAACGAUUCUCCAGUUAAGAACUACAAGAAGGGCGAUUUCUUCGGUGAGCUUGCGCUGCUGAAUGAUGCCCCUCGCGCGGCCAGCGUCAUCAGCCAAACCGAGGUCAAGGUUGCCAGGCUUGGCAAGAAUGCUUUUCAAAGGUUGCUUGGUCCGAUUGAAAGCAUCCUGCGGAGGACUAGGUACGUUGAAGCGGAAGAGGUGGAUCCUUUGCAGGUGUCUUGAGGAGACCAGAGUGCAAAUUGAAUUGUUAUAGACUAAAAUGGCUUUCUUCAUCACUGUUGGGUAAGGUCCGUUCUUUGGCCUGGGUUUGGGGUUCAAGACUUGCACACAGAAGUAGUUAGUAGUUGUUGUCGAUGUUAGCUUUAUUGCUGGUUAAGAAAGGCGUCUACUAGGUUCUAGUACAACAUAUACUGAUAUCAUUCAUUGUCGCC